AUGCCUGCCCAAAUGAAUUUUGAAUGUCUGGAUUUGCUACAAUCUGAAGUUUUAGAAUCCUUACAAAACCACAUUGAUCUAGGCUUUGUCAGACAAUAUGUUGAAGUUUUGUUCAAAAAGGAUGGGUUUGGUCUCAAAGAAUUACAAAAAUCAAUUUUGGAACAUUUUUGGAAUCAAAUGGUGCGUCAAACAAUUCUUUCCUUUUAUGUUGGUGUUCUGGCAAAAGUUAUUCAUAGCUCAUCUGAACCUUCUGAGUUCCUGAAAGGUUCUGAAGCUUUUCAAAUUUUCCAACAGUUUAUACUUCCAUUGGUUGAUUCAAACACUCACAGUCAGACAGUUGAUCAAUCCAGUUUUACUCUCAAAAUUCUUUUCUACGAGCUUCUUUUGGAAAUGCACAGUAAACAAAUUUCAGAAAAUCAUUGGCCUUUCAAAUUAGAUAUUUCAAAUAUGAUUGUUUACCCUUUGGCAAAUGAAUCAACUCCAAUUUCUCUUCGCAAAAUAAUUGAGCAGUCAGGUAUUCUCCGUAUAAAUUCAAGUGAGAAAGCGUUGGAAUAUGGCAAUAAUGAGUUGAUUAACCAAUUGGCACAUGUUCUUUUAGCUGCUGACUUUCAUCUGGUUUACAUGAGUUGUACUCGCAUUCUUCUUUCAUGUAAGAAUUCUGUCAAUAUAUUGUUGUCAUCAGGACAUGGCAUUCCAAUCAUACAAAAAGCAAAGAAAUUAAAGAGGAUUGAACAUUCCUUUGCACAGCUUGUAGCGGAUUUAAUGUAUUGUAUAUCUGGUUUCAAAGACCGCUUUACACAUACAUUUAUUUUGUCAAAACUUGCUGAACGUUUUUUGACUGCAAAGAACGAAGGAUCUCAUUAUAGUGAAGAUAGGUUUAACAAAGUGUUGGAUUUGCUAGCAAUUGUUUCUGAUUAUGAUUUGAAUUUUGUUGGGGCUUUACUUAACGAAUAUAAACUUUUCAAACCCAAUGAGGUAUUCUCAAGUUUUCUCCAGCAACUCUUAAAUUCCCCAAAAUGGCGUUACGUUUUAAAUAAAGAUGCAAUUUUAUCUUUUGUUCAUUCUUUGCUUGAUGUUUGUGAUAUUGAAAGUAUAAUCAAAUUAUUUGAACAAUAUAUUCUUCCGUAUCUUUUGUUCUUCUGCAAUUUCACUCCUCAAAAUGCUCGAACAACAAAGCGGUGGGCGCUUUUUGCAAAGAAAUUCUCAAUUAACUGAACAAAUAUGUGGCUUGU